AUGUCGCCACCUGUCCUGGAUGAUGCACCCAUCUCCGUACCAAAUGAUACGCCAGUUUCUAACUCGACCAAAACAACAGUUUCUGUCUCGGAUGAUGCUCCCAGACUGGUGAUGGAGAAACCCACUCCUAUCAGAGUGCGAAUGCCUGUCUGCCGCCCCGAAGAUCUUUUCCACCUCAGCAUUCCGGAACGCCUUCUCCCCAUUACUGCCCUCUAUGAACUUCACUACGGCGUCGCAUUCUGUUUUUCCCAUUUCGAGACGUUCGCCCGUGAAAUCAACCCGGAUAUCCCAGACAGCAAGAUGGACGCCUUGGUGUGCGGCAUGAUGUACCUCAGAAGGGUCACGAGGAUCCUCAACCUGUACGUUGCGCUUGUCGAGGACCCGGGUCGUACAGUGCUUUCCAACGAGUUUGUCGACGCGGAAACGGGUGGCAUUUGGAUACUUUCUAUCUGUGGUUCUGACAAUCCCUGGGCAGAGGGGCAGCCAUCACGCAAGGCUGUGAACGCACUAAGCAGGAUUUUGGGCGAAGACUAUCACUGGUGGGUUAGUAGGCAGCCUAGGAAUCCGAAGUAGAACAUCGUGGUGAUUUCCCGAUUGUACGAGUAGUAAAGAGCUAUUUUCCCUUCCAUUAUGUGGUAAGCCGUGAACAUCAAUGUCAG